UAUAAUUUUCUGCUCGCUUAAAGUUUUUACCUCCGCCAAUCGCUAAUUUGUACUUCUAAGUACGCUGUGCUACCAGGUCCAAGAUUUCGAUGCGCUAUGGCUGAAAGGUUAUCAAGAAUUCAUGGAACGGAACAAGACAGGUUCGUCCAGGGUUAACUGCUCCUUCUUUUUCAAGAUGGGUGCGUGUCGCCAUGGCGAGAAGUGCGAUCGGCGCCACAACCGUCCUACCGAGUCUCCCACCGUCCUUUUUACAAACAUGUAUCAAAGCCCCCUAAACUAUCUUUCGUCUCACGGAGAUAACGUAUACGAUAGCGAAGAGCUAAAAUUUUUAGAUGAAUUUUAUGAAGACGUUUUUGUCGAACUCAGUAAAUAUGGCGAAAUAGAAGAUUUAAAUAUCUGUGCCAACCCGGGUCAGCACCUCAAUGGCAACGUAUACGUUAAAUUUCGCCUCGAAUCGCAGGCUGCGAACGUAGUGAAGCGCACUGUUGGCCGUAUGUACGACGGCAGACACAUCAAAGCUGAACUGUCUCCUGUCACCGACUUUGGAGAGGCUCGCUGUCGUCAAUAUGCUGUCAGCGAGUGUGAUCGCAAAAUGUGUAAUUUUAUGCACCUAAGAGAGCCAAAUAAACGUUUACGAAGACAGCUGUUUCAAUGGCAGGCAGAACAAUGGCGAAAGCGAAACAUCCGAUCAAUUUCCCCAAGAAAGGAUUCACCUCCUCCUAGAAAGCCGCACUUGUCACCUCGUCGUCGCUCGCCCCGCCACCCUAGUACGGAUCCGUUCGGGCGUGACCUAGAACCAAGGAGAGAUAGAGACGUCUCUGAAGAAGAGCACCAAUUGCGAAAGCAGCUUCUAGAAAUCCAGCAAGCCAGAAAAGAGCAUGAAGAUCAAGAAAAAAACAAAAAACGUAAAAGAAAUGAGACCAGCACUGCAGAAGAUAGCAGCGAAGGUGGAGAAAAACAAUCUAAAUUUCCUCCUCUUUCUUCCUGAAACUUUAUUUGACAAACCCC